AUGGAAAAUGAAAUAAAUGAUUGUCCUAUAGGAAGAGCAUCAUUUAUGAGAAUGAAAAAGCGUCAAAGUAGAGAUGAAGAAGCUUCAUUUUCAAAUGCAUAUUUGUUUUUCUUAUUAAGUGAAUGUGGAGCAUCAGCAUCAUUAAAAUAUACAAAAGGGGCACAAAAAACAGUAAAGUUAUAUGUAGUAGAUACAAUAACAAUUGAUGGUAAAUUACUUACAUCACAGACAAUAAGAGAAAAAGGAAGAGAAUUAUUAAUUGAAAAGAAAUGGCCAAUUGGAAAUAUAAAGUUUGAGACAAUGAGUUUAAAACAACAAAAACGUUCAGGAGAAGCAGAGACGUGUAAUGGAUAUCUUAAAAUUCUUAUGGAAAGAAAAUUUGUUCCAGAAUUUAAACAAACAAAGUCAAGUAAAAAAACAGUAAAAAUGUUACGAAUUACUAAAUUAAAAACUCCAUUAGGUAAAUGUUAUAAUAAAGAUUUGUUAAGAAAAGUUGGUAUUAAAUUCGAUGAAGUAGUUCAAAAAGGAUUUAAAGGCUAUAAAACUUUAAAUUUGAAUAAAUUAUUUGUACAAGAAAUUUGUCAAAUGAGUUUAAAUGAAAUUGAAAAUCCACAACAACAUGAAUUUAUGAAUAAAGAUUUUGUUUGGUAUUUUGACGACCACGACAUAUUUAUCAAAACUCCAACAAUGAUUCAACGAUAUGUUUCAUUUGAUACUAUUCCAAUCCUUCAUUUUUCAUCUCUCAGUAAUUAA